AUGGGAGACUCUUCCUCCCCUGAUCGGUCGUCGCAAACCUCUCACCAUUCUCAAUAUCGCUUGCGCGUCACAGCUGGCCCAUCCUACGAUUCCGCCACCCAUAAAGUCAUCCCUGUCAACGCCCCCGAAACCCUCACGUUCGAAACCUCUUCCAUAAUCCUCUCUGUAUGUGUUCGCAUUCGGCAUUUUACAGGCUUCCCGCCGGCCUCACCCGUCACUGCCGAGAAAUACUUCACCUCGGACCUCCAUAAAUAUGAUCAGUACAGCAUAUCUUUCAGCUUCGUCCCGAAGCAGGAUAUUCCCGGUGAAGAGCUGGUGUUUGGGAAUGACUUUGACAGACCUAUACGAGACAGGUUGCCACCGGGCUUCAAUCAGGCAUUUAGGAUUGUGAAAUGGUGGAUUGACCCAGGGUUGGACGGGGAUGUUUACGCCGAUAGACCGUACUUGUAUGGCCCAGCCUUGAGUAGUUGGAAUAUCUUGAGGAUAGGGGAUGAGGUCAUUCCGAAGGAACAACUUCCCUCCUCGUCUUCUUCAUCGGAUGUGGAAGAUCGGGACGAUGAAAACCACGCAUGGAAGAUCCCUCAAGAACAUACCCAGAAUUUCCACGACGCCAUUGUCGAAGAAGGCGGUGAAGGCACAGGUCUCACGCUUCGCUCCGAAGCCAACAUCCCCGCAGACCCUCCUGGCCGGCAAAAGUAUUUCCUCAACCGCACAAACCUCUCGUCGUUUACCUUCGAGCGCGGUCGCCUCUACCAAUCCGACUUUGGCAACCCGUACUUGGACUUCAACGACUUCUCCCUCAAGUUACCCGGCUUCUCAUUGAAUGUGAUUCAGUACGUCGACUCCAAGACGCACGAACUGCGGUAUACUCUGAAGAAUAAGCGGAGCGGGGAAGUUUACGGUGUCGUGGUAUUUACAUUGCUGUUCGGGGAAGAGCUGCAAGGAGUGUCAAGAGAAUAUGGCUUCGAGAACAAGGAUAGCGCCGAGGGCAGGGCUGACCGGGACGGAGAGAGGGAAAGCAUACCGUCUGAUGAAGACGACGUCGAUUGA